AUGGCUCUUCCGCCGCUUUCUCUCGCGCAGCUGCAGAAAGUGCUUGCUGAGACUGCCGCGCCCGACGCUCUCUACGAUAUCCUUAGCUCGUACGAGGACGAGACCUGUCUGCAGUUCACACAAGCUGCAGUAACCGGCGACCGGGCUCUUUUGAGUGCCUUCUAUGCCUCGUUCCUCUUUUCACAUCUCCUCAUAGACGAUAUUCAAGAAGCUCGUGCUUUGACGCAUCGCAUGCCACCGACAAUGGUAGAAGACGACCCCGUGCUCCAGAAUAGUAUUGCCGUGCUACGUUCAAUAUGGCAAAACAAGUAUUCCGAGACCUACGAGAUAUUGAGGAACCAGCCCUGGCCUGAACCAGUCAGCAUUAUUGUGCAGAGGUUCGAUGAAUUUUACGCCGAAAAAUCCUUCAAGAAUAUAAGCCGCAUCUACGAAUCGAUCAGACCUGAAGUGGCCGCAGAAUACCUAGGCCUAGAUAAGAUCGCAAACCACACAACUAGUUCGGAAUUAAUAAACACACUGGUGAAUAAGGGAUGGGAAUGGGACACUGAGAAGGGAUUAUUUCGACCGCACGUACCGGUUGAGCCUCUGAGAGUCAACGCAUCAAGAAAGCCCUUGGAUGAAAUAGGCCGCAUCAUAGGUCUAGCAAGCAUUCAAGCAAGCUGA